AUGGCUGCCUGUGGAAGCCUCCAACACAUCUUUGAGACCCCCUUGUCCGCCGAGAGCCCUAGACUGCUUGACCCCCUCUCCUCAUGGAACAAACUUCAACCUACCAAACCCAUCCACAAGUCUUCCUUCACCGAGAUCUUCGGGGAGCUUCAUUUCAAUGAUAAUUCUCCAGUGUCAUCAUCAUCAGCUUUACCUGUAGUGCCAAGAUCCUUCUCAUCAUCCUCUUCGUUCGAAUUGGGUUCACAACCCAAGAUUAUUGAUGGCAACAAAAAUGAAGGGACUGACCAUAAGAUCAACCCCAUGUCAAACGAAGCAUCUUUCUCAGGCACAGACAACAAAUACAACAGGUCUCACAAAAGUAGUGACAGCUUUUCAUCAAUGAAUUCAGAAAGCUUGCAACUGUGCACAGAGGGGCUUGGUUUUGAGAGCUCAGGCGAUGUUGAGGACACGAGGAGCAGCGACGUGAGUGAAGAAUGGCAAAAUGUUCAAGAGAAGUUUAAUUUCACGACAAAGCCAUGUUUUAUGGCAACAUCAGAUAGUCAUUUUUUUGGACAUAGGAAAACAAGGAGUGCUGGUGUAGGAGGAUUCCCUCCGCCAAUUUCUUGCAUAAGCAAGAGUGGGAAGCCUUGGGUUUGCUUCAAGUCUUACAGGCACGAUGGCAGGUUUGUCCUCAAAGAAAUAAGAAUUCCCACCCAGGAGUUCCUUCAUGCAUACAGAGAAGGUGGUCGGCUCAAGCUGCACUUCAUUCACCACGAGGACGAACAGAUCCUCAGUGAGGUAGAACGGGAAGAUGAUGAGGAUGAUGCUGAUAAUGACGACGAAGAAAAUUGUGAGGAUGACGAUAACGAUAUUGAUGAUCAGGAAGAAGAAAAUGGACAUGAACAUGCAGAAGCUGCAUGUGCUGUAAUUGAAGGAAAUGAGGCAAACACUGGAACCUGCAGUGCAAAUGAGGUCUAA